UGGGAGUAAUAUAUACAUCUGCGAAAAAUGCGUUGUUCGCUUCAAAUAAAGGUUUAUUCGUUUAAUGGGUCGUAUACGUUGAAGAAAAAUCGAAACAGUUAGUAAUGUCAACGAUGUUAACACAGACACGAUUUACGAGUCUGCUUCAAAACAUAAACUCGAUAUUUUGCGAGAGCCAUGCGUGGCACGUUUUAUGGGUUUCAUUCAGAUGAAAAUGUUUUGGAAACACAGGCACGAUUCUUACGAACGAUUCAUCCAACAGAAGCUUUGUGAUUUUUCACCGACCAUACGCGGCUCAGUCUUCAAUUUCUUAUCGAUGUUUGCGAAUAGUGUUCAGUUCUGUGAUUUACGUUACGUGUGAUAAAACUUAAUCGACUUUCAUAGAAAUAAAGCAGAUUUGGCUUAGUUCUUAGUUACACGGCAAUGGCAUAUUGUUUUCAUGUAUCGUUUUACUUACGCGGUAAAAUAUGCAAGCAUAAACAAAGCGAAGAUAAGUGCGGAAACACAUUAAAGCGAACUAUCAAAAACACGAAUGCUUCGAGAUUCGAAUGUUUUUGUCUGGACGAUUCCGCUCUUAAGACUUCCUGUGCACAGUGUAAUCAUUUGAAAACUAGUUCCUGUCCGAUUGCUCCAAGCGGGUGUGUGAAACUGACUUUUCCCCGUCAUCCUGUCAGAUGUCGUUCGCGAUAAAAACGAACUUUCGAAUCCGAAAUUGUGCGUGACAAAUUUCAGUGUGAUUUUUCCAUGGGCACUUUGUUAAGAUAUUGGAUGCAACGUACAAUUAUGGACAGUUUCAUUUUGGCACAGGUGAUGUUUACGUGUAACACGUGAACUGUUCGAGUGACACAAACAAGUGGUUGUUUCGGAUGCAUAUUAAUUAAAAUGUAUAAGAUACAUUUUACAGAAAGUGAAUACGAAAAGAAUUCGUUGAAGAAAAUAUAUCGACAUGUCGUUCCGAAAACAAGGUUUGGUUUAACCAUGUCUACUAAGAGGCGUCGUGGGCCUAAAUUAAAUAUAGAGCGUAAAAUAAUACAUGAAGGCCAUAAUAGAUAGGAUGAGUGGAUCUCGACAGAACGAAGCACGUUGCUUCAAUGAAAACUCUCCACGGCCACCAGUGCCUGGAGAGGAAACAGGAAACUACAUCAGCAGGGUCCGUCCACAGAGUCCAACUCUGACCCCUAGGCGUUCUUCUCUUACAACACCAACAGCUGCAGGUUGCGAUGCUUCGGCACCUUUGGGAUUUGAACCGGAAGGUUGCUGCAGUACGACAACUAUGGAAAGUGAUUCGCCACCUGCUUGCUUGCGGUGGGCCAGGAACCUGCAUUCUUUGCUGCAGGAUCCAGUGGGCUUGGAAUUGUUCAGAAAAUAUUUGGAUCAAGAAGGCAGACCUCAUGCAAAUCCUCUUAAUUUCUGGUUCGCCUGUGAGGGCCUCAAGGAACAAGAUGAUCCUGAAAGGAUAAAUCAAUUGGUUAAACUUAUCUACAGAAAGUUCUUCCUCAAGUCGCAGUUAGCUAUACCUGAAGAUGUACGAAAGGAGGCUAAUCGUCGGGUUAAAGAAGGGCGGGUGGACGAAAAAGUAUUUGAUGCUGUACAGUUGGAAGUUGAACGUCUCAUUAAUGAGACUACAUAUCCAAACUUUCUUCGAUCCGAUAUGUAUCUUCAAUACGUUCAAUCCUGCCAAAACCCGGAUUCUGGUGGAUGUCCUAGUUCAGGAUCCAGUCGAGAGAUGUCUGUUUCUUGUGGGCCAAGUUUAUUGCCCACUGUCCACGAAGACAGUGAAUUUGUUAGUUCCAUACAUAGCUCACAUUCAGCUAGUGAAACGCCUGGGGAAUUGAGGGGUGAGCUGAGAUUGACCAAAGAUAUGCUUAUGGCUACUCAACAAACUAGGGCGAUGGAUCUUCGGCCGAAGCCAGAAGCGUAUGCUGGCGUUUAUUUACAACAUGGGACUAGUCCAUAUCAUAUGCUCGCACUCAGACUGCACGCUCAAUAUUCCUCAUACAACCCAGUAUCCAGACAGGAUUCAGAACUUCAAAGCUUGAGCAGUGAUGCACGAACUGAAUCAGACAAUAUGUCUCUCACCGAUUCAUCAGUUGAUGGAGCGUCAAUGAGUAAACAACGAAGUAAAAAGCAGUAUAUAAGACAAUCUAGAGCUAUUAAAGAUUCAGCUAGUUUAAAUCGUGAUCCGCUGGCUCAUCAUACUAUCAUCCCUCGUACACAGCGAGUACCACGUGAUUUAAUGCGUCCUCUGAAACCGGAAAAAUUUGCUCAAGUGCUUAUUGAAAAGUUGGAGAACGUUAAACGCGAACGAGAAUCUCAGGAAAAAUUUGAUAGGCAUUUGCAGGAGAGCGAUACUAUUAAUAAGGAUGCAUCACUGGAGAUGUCAAGUGGAGCACCGAAAGCACUAGCUGAUGCAUUGAGAGAAAAGUUAAUGAUAGAAGAGGAUAAUGAUCAAGCGAUUUUGGACCAACACGUCUCACGAGUUUGGUCGGAUCUAACGCCUUCUCGAUCUCCUGGACUCUCAUCCCCAAGACUGCAUUCGCCUGAAAGAAGACGUUCUACGCACAAUUAUCCACGGCCGUACAAACAGAGAAAAGAAAAGGACGUGUUCUCUACGUUUUCAGCAGAUAGUGGUAAUAUUCACGAUUUUCAAGAAGGCAGCGAUCUUGUCGGAGCUGGCUCCAUGAGUUCACUAGGAUCUCACUUGCCUAAAUCUAAAUCCGUGCCAUCAGAUUACGCCGAUUCCCUCCAUAAACAAGACCUAUAUCUUCAAGGUCAUGAUCAAAGAUUCCGAAGGUCAGACAUGACUAGAAGAUCAGCCACAAAGAAGUCUAUGACGGAAUUAACUGACAGUGGUGUUAGUGUUGUAAGUGACGCGCCACCAUCUACAAUUAGCAAAGAUAUUCGUCUUUUAUCGUGGCUUAAAGAAACUGACAAGAAAGCGGAUAUCAAACAUAGCCGCCAUGGGAAGAAGUAUGGUUCUCGCAGUGGCUCUUUGGAAAGGACAAACAGGGAAACAUGGGGCGUUCCUGCACAGCCUUUUGUUGCAGAUCCAGGAAUGCCACCUUUACCACAACCUCAUACAGCAACCCAGUUAGAAGAAGCAAGAAGAAGAUUAAUAGAGGAAGAUAGAGCACGCUCGAGUUGUAAACAACGUCAUUCUAAUAUUUCUAAACAAUCGUCGUACGAGCCUACAAUGCAAAGUCAAUCUUAUGUCCAAUCAAACCAGUCAACGUUAAAGAAGACGAAGCAAGAUAUUGGAGAUUUUACCACCGUUGUGUUCAGUUUCUGUGACGAACAGUUUCCUUAUAGGACUAAAAUUCCUGGUCAUAAUGUCACUUUAAAACAAUUUAAAGAAUACCUUCCUAAGAAAGGCAGCUAUCGAUAUUUCUUUAAAACCGAGUGUGAGGACUUGGAUACGAAGGUUAUUCAAGAAGAAAUAACUGACGAUUCUGAAGUCCUACCGUUAUGGGAGGGUAAAGUUAUGGCGCAAGUCAAGGCGCUCGAGUGAUAGACUGAAACAAGGAUUAUUCUGAAUAAAAGAACGUGCUAACUUCGAACAAGUGCCGCAACUAAUUUUAUUUAAGAGGACCAGCAUUCUAUAAGAAAAAAACCACAAUAAGGCGAUAUUCGGUGUUAGUUUAUUGGAGUUGCUAAAGCGGUUUCUUCCGCUUAAGUUAACCGAGCAAGUGCUUUUAAUCGAUAAAACAAAAAACCUGUUAAACCAGCAAAACCGUUAUAUGUUUAUUAAGUAAAAGAAAAAAAAAAGAAAAACAAAACGUCUUUAGAUAAAUAUACAUAAAUUUUAUUGAACAUUUAUCCUUAAUUAUAGUAUUUCUUACAGGAUUUGCAUUUUUUUCGGUACUUUAUUUUUAAUUUUAACAAAAAUCAUUUCUCUAAUGUUCAGCAAUAUUUUAUAUAUACUUGUUUCUUUCUUCCCGUUGUGUACUUGACAACGGAAGCUAUACACAUGAUGUCGUCCGAUUGUAAAUAAUUUCGGUUCGUCCGAUGUAAGAUUUUGAUAAAAAGGCGUUUCCUUUUAUAGAAAAGGUUUUGCUGAAAAUAAUCAAAAAGAAAUCAACUAAAAGAAAAAGUAAGUGAUUGCAGUUUGACCACGUCUAAUGAAAUUGGACGAAUUGCAAUAAAAAAAAUACGAUUACAUGAAAUUUUCACGAAGGCAACAUUCUCAUUUCAAGUAACACAGGUUUCAGAGAAACGGAUUACUCUAUCGUGAUUGCAAUUUGGUUAUCUCCAAUCGUUUUGGACAAGCUGCAGUAACACCAGAAACACCCUGUAUAUUGAUUGAAUAAUUUCUUCCUCUUAAAGACUUCCCAUAGUUUUCCGAACGACUGUACAAAGGCCCGCGUAGUUUCGCCUUAGUAAGGUCUGUAUAGACCCUAGAUUUACAUAGGAAAGAACAUUAUUACAAAUUAGUUUUUAAGGAGAUAUAUUACGUGCAUUAUAAAUACACACGCUCUGUUUAAUAUACGUAAUAUAUCGCGCAUUCGAAGAUACCGCGAAAAAAAAUAUUAAAGAUACAGAUCAUGUUUUGUCGUACCACCAUUAUCACCCAUUUGACAUUGUAAAAUAAGCUCCUGCAUAAACGUAACACGCAUACUGGAAAAUAGACGCGCAACACGCAAUUGGCAUCGGGGAAACAAAAUACUUUGGUGGAAAAGGAUUAAUUAGUAUCUAGACCGUAACGAUGUUUUAUCAGGUGCGAAAAAUUGUGCCUUUUUAGUGCAGUAAGGACGAAGUAAGCCUAAGGAAAAAAAAGGUUAAGAGAUACUUAUUAAAUUGGAGACCAGCGGGUCUAAUAUCGAGAGGAUAAAUUUGAUACAUCGAGCGUUUUGUAUAUAUUUUUUUUCAAACUUCAUCGUAGUCUUUGCAAGCUUAAUCAUUAGUAAUCGUUAUAACGCUAAAGAAUAUUAUCAGCAUCGUUACUUUCUGAACGUUUGCUUUUCAACAUCGAACGUACAUAUUUCGUCGAUAAAUACGUAUUUACUUUACGUAUUAAUCACUCUUACUUUUUUGUUUUUGUUUCUCUCUAUCUGCCUUUCUGUUAGAAAAUUCUGUUAGAAAAAGAAUUAGAACAAAUACAAAAAAAAAAAAAGAAAAAACCAGAGAGAGAAAAAAUAAAAAAAUCGAACGUGUGAUUGAAUCUUCUCGAAUGGCCUUCGCAUACUGGUUCGAUUUCUUAAUAGUCGUAGGCGCUCGCUUCCUAAAACAACUGAUUUUAAAAUUUUUGACAAAACGAAGACGCAAAGAAAAAAAGAACAAAAAUGUAGUAUCUACUUUGAAAAUAAAAAUCGAUGACGCCGAGACUGGAGGCGAUGCACCGUGGCUGAUAACAAUUUAUUGUAUGUAAUUGAUUAUCUUUAAUUAAUACUACGAAUGAUAAAGUGUUCCUGUACCUAAUUAAUUAAUAAUGAUUAUUAUUGUAUAUCAAAAGUAUUGAGAAUAAUAAUGCCAUUUUCACUGGAUUAUAUGAGA